AUGGAAUCGCUUGAUGAAACUGAAGCAACCCUAAGAGGCCAAGCACACGUGUGGAAGCUCCUGUAUGCAUACGCCGACUCCAUGGUGCUGAAAUGCGCGGUCGAGCUCCGAUUACCCGACAUCAUCCAUUCUUACGGUGACGGGCCCGUCACCCUAGCCCAAAUAGCCUCCCGCAUUCCCUCCUCAUCCCACGGAACCGCCUACUUGGCGCGCAUCAUGAGACUCCUUGUCCGCAAGAACAUCUUCUCCGCCAACCAUUGCCUACCCGAUGGCAGCCAUGAGAGUCACGAGACACUCUACAGCCUCACCCCAUCGUCGAGAUGGCUCCUCCAGGGGUGCGGGUCCGAGCUUAGCCUCGCGCCGAUGGUGUUGAUGGAAAACCACCCAUGGCUGAUGUCCUCGUGGCAUUGCCUUGGCGACUCUGUCAGGACCGGCGGCAUCGCAUUCGAGAUGGCUCACGGCCGCAAGGUUUGGGACUUCGCAUCGGAGAAUCCCGAGUUCAACCGUUUGUUCAAUGAUGGGAUGGCGUGUACGAGCAGGAUCUUGGUUAGGGGCAUCGUGGAAGCGUAUAAGGACGGCUUCGAGAGCAUUGGAUCUUUGGUCGAUGUCGGAGGGGGGAUUGGCGGGGCCUUGACGGAGAUCAUUAAGUCAUAUCCACACAUUCAAGGGACUAAUUUCGAUCUGCCUCAUGUCAUUGCGACGGCACCUGCGCAUAAUAGAAUCACUCAUGUUGGAGGAGACAUGUUUGAGACUAUACCGCAUGCCGAUGCAGUUUUCAUGAAGGGGAUCAUGCAUGACUGGGGGGAUGAAGAUUGCAUCAAGAUUUUAAAGAAUUGCAGAAAAGCAAUCCUAGAAAAGAAGGGCAAGGUGAUCAUAUCAGAUAUUGUGUUGAAACCAAAGGGCGAUGGCAUGUUCGAUGAGACCGGACUAGUGAUGGAUCUGGUCAUGAUGACGCAUUGCUCAGGUGGUAAGGAGAGGGAUGAGCUUGAAUGGAAGAAAAUUUUGGAGGAAGGAGGGUUUCAUCGCUACAACAUCAUCAAAACCCCUUAUUUGUCAUUCAUCAUCGAAGCCUUUCCACUUUGA